AUGAGAAGGAAGGAAUUUUCAUACCGGAAGACGAAGAAAAGGCGGUGUUCCAUAUAUAUAUAUAGUUGUCCGAAGGAUGCAGCUGACGAUACUGAUGAAUUCCCAUUUGUUGCUCGCAUUUCGGAUGCUAUGCUGAAGAGAGUUGAUCCCACCAACAUUGUUCUCAUUACUUACUUACAAUCAAUUGAUACUUCUGUUGAAACUAGGGUUCUAGUGGCUAGAGAGGAAGAAAAGAAUUCAAAACGUUCGAAGAAGGUUGUUGCUGAAUCUUCUAAGAAAUCUGUCAAAGAAUCUACAUCAACAAAGAGCCCGAAGAAAGUAUCAGUCUCAGAAGCAGAGCCAAUCCAACCAGAAAUUGUUGUUGCUGACACUCCUUCGACUCAAAAGGAAAUUAUUCCUUCGAACACUGGAGUUUUUCGCAGAAUCAAGAUGAAGUCUAAACACAAGAGUCACUCACCUUUCACCAUUGUUGUUCGUAAACCACAGGUUUCAAAUCAAGGAGUCAUUUUUCAUGAGAUUCCUGCCGCUGCAUCACCGCCUUAUAAGAAGCGAAGGGCAACAGAGACGGCCAAACAUAUCUCGAAGAAGAAGAAGAAUGGUAGAGUGAUUAUUUCGUCCGAAUCUACAACUGAUGAAACUGAAAUCAUUCCAGAGACACUGAAAGCUGAUCAUCAAAAAGAUAAUGUAAUACCACCGAAAGUUUCGAUUGCCAAGACAGUUUCUGUGGAGGCACAAACUUCUGACAUUUUUGUAAACAUAUCUAAUAUGGAUGCAAGUAUCACAAUGGGUGAGGAUGCCUCGCAUGUUACAGUCAAAGGUAAAUCUUCAGAUGUUACUCCAGACACAACUGUUUCUUUCUCUUCACUGGUUACACCUAUCAUUCUUACUACAUCCACAACCGAUUCUCCUACUUUUGCAAACAUUAUUCAACAACCAUUCACAUCUCUAUUUUUUUCCCAAUCAACUGAUUCGCCUACCACUACUUCACCAAUAAAAGAUUCUUCUUUCAUGGAAACUGAACACGAGUCUGAAGGUUUUGGCAGAACCUUUGAAAAUUUAGAGAUUGAUGAAGAAGAGACAGACUUUCCAGAUCACAUGCUAAUGAAAAUGAAACAGUUAAAGAUAUUGAAUACCAAACUCAAUUCAAUUCUUCAGUCUCGGGCAUAUCUUGGCGGAGGUAAUUCAGUAACAAGUCUUGAAGUCGAUGAAUAA